AUGAACUUCGUGCCUUUGCCGGAAGAUAUCGGUAAUCGAGAUAUUCCAGUAUCGCUUCCAAAUGAGGUUGAAUUUGAUGAUGCCGAGAAGGAGGAGGAGGAGGAGGAGGAGGAGGAGGAGGAGGAGGAGGAGGAGGAGGAGGAGGAGGAGGAGGAGGUUGAAGUGCUCUUCUAA